CCUCAACGGCACCCUCUUCCACAGCUUCCGCUCUUGUGACUCACACCACUCCGCCGUCCACUCAGUAUCUACACUCACCAAGCCCCGGCUGUGUCCGGCCGUCACCGGUCAACAGCUUGUCUUACAACCACAGCAUGCUGUAACACGUGGACAUCGCUGAGUCGCCUGCCGGCUCUUACGAGUACUUUGUACAUCCUGUGGCGACACCUAGCCUGAUCACAUCAUCAUCAUCACCGCAAUAUGGAAGGCCCGACAAGCGGAGAUCAGGGCGGCUUUGGUGACAUACCAACGCGUCCCAUGAGAGUGAAGGUGCUAUACUCGUUUGAUCAGGACGACAAGGCAAGAUGUCUUGCUCGGUUCCCGGACACGCAGCAAAUUCCCGCCGUUGCAAUCGACGAGACCUCGCAAGUCGGUAUCAUAGGCCUCCGCCAAUGUAUCCAGGCCAUCGUCUCCGCAUCGCCAGAGCUUGUCUCCAUGCUAUCUCACGGUGACUUCACUAUCUACGCAUACGACUACAGCGAGCAAGAUGCUCCUCUGGUGGGCCAAGGCUUGUUGGGCAAUGCUCUCGCCACCGCCGAUCGAAACACCAACACCGACGAUGCCAUGAUCACGGGACGAAUCUGCCAGAACGUGACGGCGGUCUUCAGUAACGGCGUCAAAGAAACUCUGGAGGUGAAGCUGCGGCUUACGCCAUUGCUGCGACCUGCUGAGACGACUAUACCAAAGUUGUCAAAUGGUGCCACUUCGGCAGGGUUUGACCCGAACGCAUGGAAUGCGUCCAUGCAACAACAUAGGAUCCAGACACAAGCAAGUAACCCCUUCGACCUUGGGAGCAGCCUCCCAUCGGAGAGCAACAAUGUACCGUCAUUGGAGGACAUGUUCGGCCUGGGCUCCGGAAGCAGCGGGACUGGAAGCGAACAGCAGGCGCGUGGAGGCGUGGGCACAGCUGGGACCCCGACAGACUCGCCCUACGAUUUCGACCCCGCAUUUUCUCACAGCGCACCAGGCAGCCGAGCCGCAAGUCCAAGGAUGGGUUUGGAACCCAGCAUUUAUAACGAGCACUUACGUCACCACAGCUUUUCGACCAACCCUGCGAAUAUUGCGGGUCAUCUUCGGCCCAGCUCACGUGCAAGCACGCGAAGUGAAAUGUCCUCAUCACGCCACCAGCACCAGGCAACCAAGUCAAGCAUACAACAGCAUCUGCGACCACAAACAGAAGUGACAUUCGAUGACGAUGGUCAAUCCCGGAAGCGCGCAAAAGUCACCCAGACGGAAUGGCGCGGUCGCUCGUCGUUCGGCGCAAAAUCCGGCGACCUUCGCGUCACUGCUGCCACUGCGCAUUCAGUUCAGAUGCACAAACCAGUCGCACGGCGACCUGGCGCACCAAGCGCAGACCUUGAGCCGCCACCUCGAGCACCCACACCCGUCCCUCAAAGACAGUCGCUGAACAGAUCGCAAGGCACAUCACGUCCUACCGGCUCGCGAAGCCUUCUGCGACAGGCGUCCACAAUCAGCUCCAAUAUUGGUGCUGACCACGAGCAAUACUCUGAUGCUGCCAUAAGCUCACCCGAAGAUCUUUCGCCAAAUGGUAGCAUCACCGCCGACGGCACACCGAUCGAUAUGCCCUCUUCACCACCAGUGUUCGCGGGCAUACUGCCGGGUCAACGAAGCAGCCCAGGACUGCCCACUUUACCGCCAGCAAGGAUGCUCGACAGCGGCUACAUGAGUGAGCGUGGCUUUCAGAGUGACAAUGCUCUUGCAAGCUUCAAUGACGAUGACGAGGACCGUUCCCCGGACGCACAGGACCUUGAGAUAGCUGCCCAGUAUAGGCCACGAGACCGGAAACAGCCUUCCAUUAAGCGUGAAGCUCUGAGUGACGGAACGGACUUUCUGUAUGGGCAUGAUACGCUGCCGGGCAAGAUAAACAUGAUAGUGCGAUCCCCUGACGAGGCGGCGCUGCUCACUCAGAAGUAUGCCAUUAGUGCCGCACUAACAAGUGAUCGUUGGGGCAGCCAAGGACCGAAAACCUCGCUUGCGACCACAGGCAAGUUGCCGAUGAUGACUGCCAGUCCGGAAAUGGAGCCAACACUGGCACUAAAAGCUCCACUCAGCAGGCGAGGCUCGCUUGCACUGCCGCCAAUGCAACACCGUCGGGAUCCUUCACCCGCUCAGGUCGAGAUGUCGCAACAUCGGCCGACAACAAAACAUAGCACGACAAGAUAUUCCAGAGCGGACGGUUUUGGAUCUGAAACAGGCUCGCCUGCCGCUAGUGACACAGAAAGUAGACCGCGUGGUCCCAAGCGCUCUGGAUCUGGAGCUCAGCGACGGGUCAUUAUCCAACAACGCAUGGAAGAGUCCCUAGCCAAGGGCGAUAUGCCCCAAUUCUGUGCAAAUUGUGGAGCAAUAGAAACAACGACCUGGCGUAAACUUUACAUUAAGCAUUGUGAGGGGCAGCCAUCGCCACUCGAUGAAGUAGAAGGCGAAGGCGAAACUAUCGGCGUCGAGGCCGUUGAGCAUGAUGGGAAGAGCGGAGAAGUCAUCCGCUUCAUCAUACGGAAGUCGAUGAAAGUUCGCAAGGACCUGCAACCAGGUCCUGGGUUCGAGCUCCUUACCGUGUGCAAUCCUUGCGGCUUGUGGUUUACCAAGUUCCGACUGAUGCGCCCGUCGGAGAAGUGGAACAAGAAGACCACCACUCGCCGGAGCAAGAAGCAGAAGAGCGGACAAGAUGGCGAUGGCCUUCUCACAGACGGACUGGAGCCGCAGUCUGACGCUUUCUUCACGGACCAGCUUGAGGCAGAAGACCCCUAUGCACCAGGGCGAGCCCCCGGUGGUGGUUUAACCAACGCAGCCAGUAAUAAUCCCCGAAGUCAGGGACAGACCGCUCGUCCACGCGCGAGCAGUCUACAGGCUCAGCAAAGACGUCGCAGUAGAGACGGUAUGAACGCGUCCGAGCUUAAUAGCGCAUUAACACGCGCUGUUCAGUCCAGCCCGGUACCCUUCAACGGCUCCCAGCAGUCACCGAUCGAGAUUGAGGACCUCACACCCAAGCCAACAAGACGCCUGCUCUUUCCGUCACCGCGUCGUGAGGGCGAGGUGAAGAGCCUAGACGACAAUGGCCAAGCAUCUCUGCACGCCACGCCGCCUUCGGGCAAAAGCGCUGUGGGCAAGCCUCCCUUAUCGCCGAAGGCACAUUUUGCUGUGACCAACAACAACCUGAACGUCUUCGAGGCUUUCACUUGCGAGAAAGAGAACCUUGCGCCGGGCGUGGAGCUUGAUGAUGGCUUGAUGCGUCUGUUUGAAGGUUCUCCGAAUGCUGCCUUCAAGACGCCAAGCAAAACGUCUGCGAAGAGUACCACUACUACAUCACCAUCUCAACAGCAGCUCAGCGAUCUUCUCAAAACACCGACUCCAGCAAGGACCAAUCGUAAGCCGCUUUCGCCAAAUUCGAACUUGGCCCGCGGUGCGCCAAUCAACGACUUCCUAACCUCGCCCUCUUCCACCCGGUACUUCCUGCGUUCAACGCCAAGUCGUCAGGCACGCAGUCCAGGCCGCCCGUCCAGUGAUGACCGUAGACAGCAAGCAAUAGAGAUGACGCCUUUCUCUCGGAACCUGGCGCAGAUGCUUAGCGACAGCGGUGAGAACGGCGCCUUCACCAGUCCGAGUCAUACCUUCGAUUUCGCCGAGCUACCAACUUUCACCACGCCGGGCCGCAACCUGGGAGAGAUGGAUUGGGGUGGGAUGGAUGACAUACUGAGUAGCGAGUUUGCUGCGUUUGAUGGCACUGGCAAAGAUGGCGUGGUUCGCGAGUAGCAGUAGCUGAUUAGGUGCAGAGCGUGCGAAAGUGGAUUGUGAUUACAUGUGCCCUCUAUCGAAUAUCGUCUUAUCUCUAAACGUAUCUCUCGUAAAGUGUCGGUUUAUGACGGCUUACCGUACACGCAUUACCACAAUCGACGGGUAUGCAAGCACAAUCGCUGGUAGAAGUGCGCUUAGACCUGGCCCCAGUGUCACGUUGUGUAUCCGAAGGACUGGCCUAUGUUGCUGUCAGGGCUGCACGUCACGAAUGUCAGCCUUAUCGUUAUUGCUGCCCUGGUAUCCGUCACAGAUCCAGUCUCCGGCGUAACCGUCCCGGCAAGCAAGAAACCCAACGGUCAGCGAAGUUUCGCGGCCUCAAUCCGCGGAGUUCAUAGAGGACUUACGACCACAGGUUGAAUGACCAGCCCCCACUGAUAUCAAUGCCCUGGUAGGAGAUGCUUGAUUCGGUAAGUGAUUCACACUCAUUGAUAUAGAAGCAGAGA